AUGAUGAAGGUCUUUGUCCUUGCCGCCUUGUGCGCAGUCACUCUUGCAUUCGUCCCAAUCGAUCACAAAUCCGCAGUUGAAACACUCACUGGAAAGGCACUGGUCGACUAUGUCAACUCUGCCCAAUCCCUUUUCACCACUGAACAUGUCGAGGUUUCCGAGGAAUUCAUGAAGUCGCGUGUGAUGGAUGUCAAGUAUGCUGCUGCUCACUCCGAUGAGAUCCGUGCUACCGAAGUCAACACUGUUCUUGCCUCCAUCCCAGCCUCUUUCGAUUCCCGUACCCAAUGGUCCGAGUGCAAGUCCAUCAAACUCAUCCGUAACCAAGCCACCUGUGGAUCCUGCUGGGCUUUCGGAGCUGCUGAGAUCAUCUCCGACCGUACCUGCAUUGAGACCAAGGGAGCCCAACAACCCAUCAUCUCCCCAGACGAUCUUCUUUCCUGCUGUGGAUCUUCCUGUGGAAACGGAUGUGAGGGAGGAUACCCAAUCCAGGCUCUCAGAUGGUGGGACUCUAAGGGAGUUGUCACUGGAGGAGACUACCAUGGAGCUGGAUGCAAACCAUACCCAAUUGCCCCAUGCACCUCUGGAAACUGCCCAGAAUCCAAGACCCCAGCAUGCUCCUUGAGCUGUCAAUCCGGAUACUCUACUGCCUACGCUAAGGAUAAGCACUUUGGAGCCUCCGCCUACGCUGUCGCCAGAAGUGUUGCUGCCAUCCAAACCGAGAUCAUGACCAAUGGACCAGUUGAGGCUGCUUUCACCGUUUACGAGGACUUCUACAAGUACAAAAGCGGAGUCUACAAGCAUACCGCCGGAAAGGCUCUCGGAGGACACGCCAUCAAGAUCAUCGGGUGGGGAACUGAGAGUGGAUCUCCAUACUGGCUCGUUGCCAACUCCUGGGGAACCAACUGGGGAGAGAGCGGAUUCUUCAAGAUUCUCCGUGGAGAUGACCAAUGCGGAAUUGAGGGAGCCGUCGUCGCCGGAAAAGCCAGAGUGUAA